AGACCCCACAUGUUCAUGGAGUCGUCAACUCACUCCAACCGAUAAUUAGCAGCACUUCAACAACAACCACAUCAACAUCAUCAUGGCCUUUGGCAAAGGAAAAUCGCUCACUUCCGCGGCUAAUGGCCAGAAGGAUAGAGAUGUCGAUUUUCCCAAAGGCCCGGAGGACACCGUCUCAGCGCUGCGCUGGUCGCCGGUGGCCAACUACUUGGCGGCCGCCUCCUGGGACGGCAAAGUCUACAUCUAUGAUGCGACCAACUCGACCUCAAGCGCCACCAUCAAGGGUGUCGCCGCCAUCACAGUUGGCGCCCCCGUGCUUGACUGUGAUUUCAGCAAGGACGGAACCAUCGCCAUUGGCGCAGCGGCAGACAGGAAGAUCUAUCUCAUGGACCUCAACUCAAGCCAGACCAUGACGCUCGAGGCUCACACCUCACCUGUCCGGUCUGUCCGCUUCGUCACCAUCCCCGCCACCAAUGCGCCCGUCAUCGCCUCGGGCUCCUGGGACAAAACAGUUCGCUACUGGGACAUGCGCCAGCCACAGCCCAUUGCUGCCCUGCAACUCCCCGAGCGUGUCUAUGCCAUGGACGCUGCCGGCCCUCUCCUCGCUGCCGGCACGGCCGACAACCACCUCCACCUCAUCGACCUCCACGCCAAUCCGCUCCACAUUUGGAAAUCCGUCAAGUCGCCGCUUUCUCCCAAGAUCAGCUCCGUCUCGGUCUCGGCCGACGGCUCUCGCUGGGCGAUUGGCGGUAUCGAAGGGCGCGCGGCUGCCCAAGUCGCAAAUGAGAAGGACAAGAGCCUCUCGAAUCUGACAUUCAAAUGCCACCGCGAGGCGUCCACCAGCGCCAAGAACCAGACUGACGUCUACGCCGUCAACGCCGUCUGCUACUCGCCGGCCCACAAAGACGUCCUCGCCACGGCCGGGUCCGACGGCACCUAUAGCGUCUGGGACGUCGUGGCCCGCCACCGCCUGCGUUCCUUCCCCAAGGUUAGCGGGCCCGUCACGGCGCUGAGCUUCUCUCGCGACGGCAUGGCGCUGGCCUACGCCGUGGGCUAUGACUGGUCCAAGGGUUACCAACACAGCAAGGCAGACGCUGAGAAGAAGAUUGUCUUGCAUUGUUUUGACGAGGCGCUCAAGAAGUGAGGCAUGGAGGAGAAGACUGGUAA